AUGUCCAACGCUGUGACAUUACGUCUGACAAAGGAAUUGUCUGAAUUCACAAAGAAUCCUGAUCAUCAACUGUUUCUUCAUUAUGAUGAAUCAAAUAUCAUGACUAUUAAAGCCAUGAUCACUGGUCCUCCUGACACACCAUACUGCCUUGGUCAAUUCGAGUUUAGCUUGGUGUUCCCAAAGGAUUACCCUACUGCUCCUCCUAAAGUAACUGCUUUGACUACCAACCAUGGACGAACGCGUUUCAAUCCCAAUAUAUACGCUGGUGGAAGGGUCUGUCUUAGUAUCCUUGGCACAUGGAGAGGCAAUGCAGGUGAACAAUGGUCUUCUGCACAUGGAAUCACUAGUAUUUUGUUGAGCAUCCAAUCACUCAUGAGCGAUAUGCCCUAUCGCAAUGAGCCUGGACAUGACCUUGAGAAGGAUAUGUCUAAACUAGAACCUUAUAACCAAAAGAUCCGUCAUGAGACAAUUCGCAUUUCUAUUUGCGACCGCUUGGAAGGAUUCCUCGGGACACCUACAGCCUCGACCUCUGCCAUUUUUGAGCCUCUAUAUGCAAAUAGCGUGACAUCGUAUGACGAGUUUAGUGAUCUAUCCAAGCGUUUAUUCUUGGCGUACUAUGAUAUUUAUCAACAUACUGUACAAAAGGAAUCCGCAGUAGUUUCUGAUGGGACGCCCUUCUAUAGAGCACCCUUUGAAUUCGGUGGAAACAAGAUGGAUGGCAAAUUUGGAUAUGCAUCCCUAGCAAAACGUUUAGAGGUGAUCAAGACAGCAAUCGAGAGGGAGACAUUAGAAUGGAUUUCACAGUCGAGUCAAUGGAUCAAGGACUCCACCCGGAUGUCAAGUAACUUGCGGCGUCAAUAUGAGCAAAUCUGUGAAUACUAUCGUGAAAACAAUACAGGAGGUGUGGAGGUUGAGCUUGUUGAAGAUAAUCCGUUUGUCUGGACAUUUACACUUUUCGGUAAACCAAUGAGUAACUAUGAUGGAGGCAUGUUCAAGGUUCAGAUGGUAUUCCACGACUCGUUCCCAGAUAUCCAGCCGCGUGUCAAGUUCCUGACACCGAUGUACCACGUUCAUGUGACGGUGGAUGGUGUUCCGUUCUAUGCUGUUGGAAAGCCAGAUGAUGUUAGAACUCAUAUAAUAGCGAUCACUCGCCUGAUCCUUGAAGAUGAGCCCUCCACCAACCCUUCGACUCAUGUGAAUUUGGAGGCGGCCAAGCUUCACUUUGGUACCAAGGAGCAGCGUCGUGAAUACAAUAGGAAUGCACGACGAUGCGCUAGUCGCUCAACUGAGUAUUUCGAGUAA